ACACAAACUAACACAACUCAUCUCAUCCUCAUCACAUCGAUCAGUAGCUAAAGCCAAGAGCAUCCAUCACACAAAGCACAAGCUCAUCUCUCUUCACAAUUCAGACAACCCAUCAUCUAAUAGCUAGCUAGCUAGCAAUGGCGCCUAUGGUAGUAACCAUGAGCGACAAGGCCGUGGUGCUCCUCCUGCUGGUGGCUCUUCUCCCUCUCGGCGCCCUCGGCUCCCGCUCCGGCCCGUCCGCGCACCACGGCCACGCCGGCCACGGCCCCAAGCACUUGUCGCCUCCGUCUGCUACACCGGCGACGCCCGCCCCCGCCGCGGCACCCGCCGCCGCCGCGCUGGUGCGCUCCACCUGCAACUCGACGACCUACUACGACCUGUGCGUGUCCGCGCUGGGCGCCGACCCGUCCAGCGCCACGGCCGACGUGCGCGGCCUCUCCUCCAUCGCCGUCUCGGCCGCCGCCACCAACGCCUCCGGUGGCGCCGCCACGGCCGCGGCGCUCGCCAACGGCACCGCCGCGGCGUCGAACGCGCAGGCGGCCCCGGCCACCGCCGACCCCGCCGUGCAGGCGCUGCUCCGCACCUGCGCCGCCAAAUACGGCCAGGCCCGCGACGCGCUGAGCGCCGCCAGGGAGUCGAUCGCGGCGCAGGACUACGACUUCGCCAACGUGCACGUCAGCGCCGCCGCCGAGUACCCGCAGGUGUGCAAGGCGCUGUUCCGGCGGCAGAGGCCCGGGCAGUACCCGGCGGAGCUGGCGGCGAGGGAGGAGGCGCUCAGGCAGCUCUGCUCCGUCGCCAACGACAUCAUCGCGCUCCUCGCCAACAGCAGCAGCUAGCUGUAGCCAGCGUGGCGUACGUGUAGUAGUCUACUAGCAGUGAGUCUACGUGUAAUGACACGAGUCUACUUCACUUGUUAGUUAACUGUAUGUACCUGUCUACAUACUCCAGCUGUGUUGAGUUGAUCAAUAAAUACUUAAUGCCACUUUGAAUUUUGUUAA